AUGAGUGUCUGCCUUCUCUCUAGGAGAAUGGACGCUUACAUCUCUAUAGCUGACCCUUCUGUCUUGCUCUGCUUGAGCAUGACUGCAGCAUUUGGAAUAAUCACCUUUUACAAAACUAAGAAGAACCAGGUUGAGAAAAAGUGUAUAUUUGCCCGUGGUCUCCUCCUGCUGCUUUUAUUGGGAAUACUCUGUUUUGCCACGCUGAAAAGUUAUGUAGGCUUAAUCCUGUUCUCCAUGGGAUGUCUCAUCUGUUACAUUUACUUAUCAGUUCAAACAAUGUUACCUGUGGACAACAAAGCUGUAUUGAUCACAGGAAGUGAUUCCGGGAUUGGACAUGCAUUGACGAAGUACCUUGAUAAUUUAGGAUUUGUUGUAUUUGCUGGUGUCUUAAAUAAAAAAGGAGCUGGGGCUGAAGAAUUAAAAAGAAGCUGUUCCCAGAGACUUUGUGUCCUGCAACUGGAUAUAACCAGUUCUGCACAAAUUAAGGAAGCCUAUCUUAAAAUUUCAGAGAUGGUGCAAAAUACAGGGUUAUGGGGUGUUGUCAACAACGCUGGAAUCAUGGGGUUUCCUGCAGAUGGUGAGCUGCUGCCCAUGAGUGUUUACAAGCAGUGUAUGGAUGUGAAUUUCUUUGGGCAUGUAGAGGUGACCAAAAUGUUCUUACCGCUACUUCGGAAAUCCAAAGGAAGGCUAAUUAAUAUCUCUAGUAUGGCAGGAGGCAUUCCGAUGACAAGGUUUGCCGCAUAUGGUGCAUCAAAAGCAGCUCUGUCCAUGUUUUCCGGAGUAAUGAGGCAGGAGCUUGCCAAAUGGGGAAUUAAAGUUGCUGCAGUUCAUCCAGGAGGCUUCAGAACAUGCAUACAAGGUACAUCUGAGCUGUGGGCUAAGCAAGAAAAGGAUCUUCUGGAGAAUCUCACACCAGACGUGAAGAAAGAUUAUGGUGAAGACUACAUUGAAGCACUGAAAAAUUUCCUCCUGCACAUGCCAGUUCAUUGUGCUUCUGACCUCUCUCCAGUACUAGAUGAUGUUCUCCAUGCUUUAUUGGCAAAGAGUCCACAUGGUUUAUACACUCCAGGCAAAAGUUCUUACCUAGCUCUAUGUACCUUUUGCUAUUUUCCUCUCUGGCUUUACGAUUUGUUCAUUGGUAAGAUGCAAAGUAACAAAAGUGUACCCAGCGCUUUAAGGGCAUCAGAGGCCAAAAACAAGAACACGUAA